UGAAUUGUUGCUAGGGCAAAAGUGCAUCAUUCAACGCCUCCAGCCUAGACGAGGAGUGCAAUCCGCCCAUCCUAUAACCACCCAAUGAAAUAAUUACAGUGGCCCGUCACUAGGCAGUAUAACGUGUGGCUGGCCAAUUAUCUUUUUCUUGGCCUAGAAGGGCGCAGGGAGCUGAAGGUAACCGAGUGGCAGCGAUCGAGUCCCGGGGAAAUCUGUCACGGAGUCACCGUGAAAAAGAUCAACAGCCACAACAUGCCGAAUAAAACUAAAAAGGAAAAGGAACCAACCAAAUCUGCCAAAAGCAGCACUAAAAACAGUAAUGCCACUAGUGGGAAAGAAACAGGAACUGAAAAUGCAGAUGAGGCGGCGCAGCAGCAGACUGCCAGCAAGCGGCCCAGCAACAGCACCCCACCACCCACUCAGCUCAACAAGAUCAAGUACUCUAGCGGUCCCCAGAUCGUCAAGAAGGAGCGUCGCCAGAGUUCAUCACGAUUCAACCUCGCCAAGAACCGCGAGCUGCAGAAACUUCCUGCCCUCAAAGAUGCACCUCUUAUCGACCGGGAAGAGCUGUUUGUGCAGAAGCUGCGCCAGUGCUGCGUACUCUUUGACUUUGUCACGGACCCCCUAAGCGACCUGAAGUACAAGGAGGUGAAGCGUGCCGGUCUGAAUGAGAUGGUGGAGUACAUCACGCACAACCGCGAAGUGGUCACCGAGUCCAUCUAUCCCGAGGGUGUCAUCAUGUUUUCAAUCAACCUGUUCAGGACCCUACCACCAUCGUCCAACCCCACGGGGGCUGAGUUUGACCCAGAAGAGGACGAGCCCACACUGGAGGCUGCUUGGCCACACCUACAGCUGGUGUAUGAAUUCUUCUUACGGUUCCUGGAGUCCCCUGAUUUCCAGCCUAAUGUCGCCAAAAAAUACAUUGACCAAAAGUUUGUACUGUCUCUACUGGAGCUGUUUGACAGUGAAGACCCCAGGGAGCGGGACUUCCUGAAGACCAUCCUCCACAGGAUCUACGGCAAGUUCCUGGGUCUCCGGGCCUACAUCCGCAGACAGAUCAACAACAUAUUCUACAGGUUUAUAUAUGAAACCGAGCAUCACAAUGGAAUCGCUGAGCUCUUAGAAAUCUUAGGAAGCAUAAUCAACGGCUUUGCCCUGCCAUUGAAAGAGGAGCACAAAAUGUUCUUGAUCCGAGUGCUGCUGCCGCUUCACAAAGUGAAGUCACUCAGCGUCUACCACCCACAGCUGGCGUAUUGCGUCGUGCAGUUCUUGGAAAAGGACAGCAGUCUAACUGAACCAGUGAUCAUGGGCUUGCUGAAGUUCUGGCCGAAGACCCACAGCCCCAAAGAGGUGAUGUUCCUCAACGAGCUGGAGGAGAUCCUGGACGUCAUCGAGCCGUCUGAGUUCGUCAAGGUCAUGGAGCCGCUGUUCAGACAGCUGGCCAAGUGUGUUUCCAGUCCACACUUCCAGGUGGCAGAGAGGGCGCUGUACUACUGGAACAACGAGUACAUCAUGAGUCUGAUCAGUGACAAUGCCGCCAAGAUCCUCCCCAUCAUGUUCCCUGCUCUCUACAAGAACUCCAAGAGCCACUGGAACAAGACAAUCCAUGGGCUGAUCUACAACGCCUUGAAGCUCUUCAUGGAGAUGAACCAGAAGCUGUUUGAUGACUGCACCCAGCAGUACAAGGCUGAGAAACAGAAAGAGAAGUACAAGCUGAAGGAGCGUGAGGAGGUCUGGCACAAGAUCGAGGAGCUGGCCAAGCAUAACCCUCAGGUUACCAAACUCCGACCUGGUCUCCACCCACAAGAAGAGUACAUGAUGUACAAUGAGAGUCCGGGAGGGGUGCCCUUGUACUCCAUGGAGACGGAGACGCCCACUGCUGAGGACAUUCAGCUGCUGAAGAAGACUGUCGAGACAGAGGCCACACAGGUACAACUACCGGCACACGUCGAGGGGAUGAAGGACAUCAAGAAAGACAAGGUGUUGAUGCGGCGGAAGUCGGAGCUGCCGCAGGACGUGUACACUAUAAAAGCCCUGGAGCAACACAAGCGAGCAGAGGAGUACCUGACGGCCAACGAGGAGGCCCUCUGACCAGGGAGCAGUGGCACCCUCCAUGCCUAACUCCCCCACAACCUCACCUGCUGUCCGUCUCUCGUCCAAACAGUCGCCUACUGUACACCUGACAGCCCCCUCUUCGCCUCCGCUUCUCCUCCCCCUCCACCCCUCCAUCUCUACCGGAGAGCCCCAUCUGCAGAAAACCAGGGCCAUCAGAGUUAGACGACAACACACACACGCCUAUACGCACACAUAGGAACAUACAGAUCUACACACAGACGUACAAAUUGUUCCAACUUCCAAAUACUCACGUAUACUUGACUACAGUGGGCCGAUUUGUUAGGUUGCACGAGGACAACCAUUAUACAACAGUAGUAUUAAGUGUAAGCAUCCGUGACGCAUGUUUCUUUGUUUUGUUUCUGUUUCCUUUCGGAUUGGUUUCGGUUGCCCUCUUACUGUGAUCUGCUGUGCUGAAAGGGAACGACCAAAGCAUUACCUAUGGAGGGCAGUCGAGUGAGUGGUGGUCCCGCUAGCUUGUCUGGAGUGAGGGGGUGUGGGUUAUCUGAUUGGUUUGGUGGAUAAUAGGGCCAUGCUCUAGUCUAGCUGGAUGUCUGGAUGAAGUACUGGUUCUGCUCUGUUAAAAAAAAACAUAUAUAUACCUAGCUCUCAGUUCAUGUCCAGGCAGCAUAGUACAUUUUGGGGAAGCGAAGUCUGGGACACAAAGCUUACAAGGCAAAGCAAUGACAUGAGAGGACUAGGAAUCAAGAUGGCUGCCUUUAUCUUAAUGUAAUUACUGUAUGUCAGUCUCUUCCAUUAACCAGUUUUUCUCACUCUUUAGUACUGUAGUUGUAGCUUCAUGAAGUCACCUCUUUGCGUCAUUAAAUCAUGGCCUUACAGCAUCCUGUUGAAUUACAUUCUCCCUGUUGAUUAGUCGUAAGCUAAUAGCAUGAUUGUAAGCCUAGAUAAUUGGUGUAUGCAGGGCAGUCAGUCCGGGGCUCUAAUUUACUGUUGAGUGUUAGAAUAGUAGAAUACACAAGGUGCAAUUGGGAUAUUUGGUUGUGCAUCAGCCGUUUUCCGCUUAUGUCAGUCACUGACAGUCACUCAAUUAGCCCAUGUCCGCUAACAUGUUUUAGAAUGGUAAGUUAGUCUACCCAGCUAUCUAAACUUGUAGUAAUCAUGGCCAAAUUACAGACCAGGCAUGAAGGGCACUUGCCUAGGGGGCCUGACCUCCAGGGGGCCCCCCUAACUAUAGAUAUCAUAUUAACAUGGGAAAAUGUGUAGAAUUGCAGGAAAUUAGCUGUAAAAUUGCACAUUUCUCUCUUCCCCAUGGCAAAAAGAGUGAAAUGAGUUAUACUAUUGUUUUGCCCGCGAGGUGCACGCCCCCGCCCCCCUACCAAAAUCUCGCCUAGUUUCCCCAAAAGGCUAGGGCUGGCCCUCGGCAUAUGUCAGAAUCAAUGAGAAAACAAUCACAAUCACCUUCUUGCUCUAAGAAGUGUUUUUUGUUUUGGUCGGUUUUUGAGACUUGUUCACAGAACUGAUAUGGCUUUUCAUAUGUUAAUUCCUAGCCGGCCGGUCCACUAUAAUGCACUUGAAGAUACAAAACAAGGAUAUAUUAGCUAUUGUCCAUACAAGAGAAUAAGUUUUGAACAAAUGUCUAAACUUGUAAUAGAGCUCCCGUUGAGAAAUGUGUAUUGUAUUUUUAUAACUGGAGGUGUAGCUCAGAAACAAAUCGUGUCGCCGUGUCAAAAAGAAACCUCAGAAAAUAAUUUGGUUAAGUCAAAUCAAGCUUUAUUUGCCACCUGCUCCGAAUACAACAAGUGUAGACUUUACCGUGAAAUGCUUACUUACAAGCCCUUAACAAACAGUGCAGUUCAAGAAGAAGAAAAUGUUUACCAAGUAGGCUAAAAUCAAAAGUAACACAAUAAGAUAGGAUGUCAGGGUAAUGUUGUCCUCAAGUUGUUGGUUUUUAGGAAAGGCAACCGUAAGCUGCUGUCGUGUCCGUCCAUCCUCUUCUUCGUUUUCUUACAGAUAACCUCACUCUGCUCUGUCCAGACUCUGACUGUCAUGAUUGUUAUCCAUUCCCUUCUUUCAUAAUUAUAUUGUGUUUAUUCAUGUUUCUGUCCCAACGGGUAACAUCCCCUCUGCCUCUUUAGUUAUUCCUCUGUAGCCAUCUUCUGGCCUUUCUAUCUUAUGUGUUUGUGGAUUUAUGUUUCUUAUUGAUGAAAAUGCACCUCUGUUGAGGUAGCCUCAUUGCGGAAAGGAAAGUGUUAUUUCGGUUCAAGUGUAGGGAAUCUCUACAAAAUAUCCUUAUUCCCCUUUCUCCUCUAAACCGGCUUGAUUCAAUAGGUCUCUUUCCUAGCCUAAGCAAUAUUUUUAGUUGAAACGAUCUCGUGCACUUGAAUGGUGUAUGGAAGUGCGCAAAACAAUCCUCCUCAUAGGACUAUCUACAGAUCAAAACAAUCCUCCUCAUAGGACUAUCUACAGAUCGAAACAAUCCUCCUCAUAGGACUAUCUACAGAUCAAAACAAUCCUCCUCAUAGGACUAUCUACAGAUCAAAACAAUCCUCCUCAUAGGACUAUCUACAGAUCGAAACAAUCCUCCUCAUAGGACUAUCUACAGAUCGAAACAAUCCUCCUCAUAGGACUAUCUACAGAUCGAAACAAUCCUCCUCAUAGGACUAUCUACAGAUCAAAACAAUCCUCCUCAUAGGACUAUCUACAGAUCAAAACAAUCCUCCUCAUAGGACUAUCUACAGAUCGAAACAAUCCUCCUCAUAGGACUAUCUACAGAUCAAAACAAUUAUAAUUGCUUUACUAGCACAUGUGGGGAAAAAGGAAAGGCUGUGGUUACUGUUGCAAAUGUGUACUGUAUAUUGUAAUGUAUAUUGCUUAGGGUUGCACCCCUACCACCCCCUUGUCCUGUAGGUUUGUCCCACUUAUCGCUUUACCACUCACCCCCCCUUACUCCUCCUCCCUCCUUUUGUUUCUGGUUUGUCUUCUUCCACUUGCUGCGUGAGGUCAUUUCUUUGUCGUAUGGUCUCGUCUAUUGAGUUGUCUGUCAAUCACUCCCAACAGUGGGGGAUUACUCACUCCUAAGGCUGCUGGGCAAAUUGAGUCGUCAUCUCACACAUGCUUAGUUAGAGGCUGGCUGCCAAAGAGUUCCCUCCCUCAACAUGACCUUACAGUAAUAAUGUUAGAGCAGUCUAAAUCCAAGCUAUUUGGAGCAUGAGACAUUUGUAUUUAUAAGCAGUAUAUCAAUAAGUCGCAAUAUAGUUUUAAAUAUUCAUUCUUAAUAUAAAUAAUGUAUUACUGUUCUCUCACAUGACUGAGCAAGGCACAUGCAUUCCUAUUGGCCAUGCUUCCAAAAAGUAGCUGUUGAGACAUUCCAGACUACAAGAGAUAGGUAGCAUUGUACCAGGGCACUACAAUGCCAUGGCUGGGUGUUGACAUGAAACGUCUCAGUUUGUCCAGCAGCCACACACAAACUGAAGAGGACUUUUUAAACAAAGGGUCUCUCUCCACACCACCCCCCCCCCCCUCCCCUCCUGCCCAGGUCUGACACUAAUCUUAAGCUGCUUUCCAGGUCAUAUGUACAUAUGUUGUACUUUAAUUAGGUAGAGCAUUACAUAGUAUGAAAGUCAUAUUUUGUACAGAUGUUCAUGAAUGUACAGAACAAAAUAAAGUAAAAAAUAGUGGACAUCCA